GGCUGUUGGAAAUCCAUCAGACAGAUCGCUCGAGGACCAAUCGUGCUGAAAGACAUAUGCCAACGGACGGCAAUGUAGGUCGAUCAUAUCCGUCAUGUAGUACCGCACAGGAUUUUACACUGGUGCCUUUUCACAGGCUGCGCUGGAUUCAGCGACUUUGUGUGCAGCUUCGAUACACGACCUGUAGAGCAGUGCAACACGCGCACAGCUGCGUCUCAGGAAUUUCUGUGACGCGCUCACGUGACUGACCCCACACUCGCACCUUCCACAAUUCGACAACGCCGCUUCACGUGUUGAACUUUUUGAACAGUCCACAUCACCACACACAACAUGGCCGCCGCAGUACAAAACCCGCCGCGAGGCACCGACUGGGCCGACGACGACGAUGCGCCCGAUCUCAGCAACGCCAUUCCCGCCCCACAAAUCACCAAGAACAAGGACGGCACCGAAACAGUCAUCACAUUCUUCAUCAACGAGGAGGGCAAGAAGGUCAAGCGCACACAAAGAAUUCGCCGCAGCGUCGUAAAGAAGCGAGAAAACCCUCGUGUCGCGGAGCGCAGAGCAUGGCCCAAGAUGGGCAUCGAGGCUGGUCGCGCAGCGGGCCCGCAUCCGGAUACUACGACACUUGGCGAGAACAUCAUUUUCCGACCGCAGGUGGGCUUCAAGGCCGGUGGUGCGCAAGAGAAGGCUCCUGAGGAGGAUAAGAAGGCAGAGGCGUUGAAGAAGAUGCAGAUCAAAUGUCGUAUUUGUUCGGGAGAUCACUUUACGACAAAGUGUCCGUUCAAGGACACCAUGGCGCCGACGGGAGAGGAUGCUGCGCCGGCGGACAUGGAUGCUAUUACGGGAGAAGAUAAGGGAGGCUUGGGUGCUGGUGGAAGCAGUUAUGUGCCGCCGCAUCUGCGUAAGGGUGCCGCCGGUGCUGGUGGCGGUGAGAGAAUGGGUGGCAAGUUCGAGAGGGACGAUCUUGCUACGUUGCGUGUCACAAACGUCUCAGAAUUCGCAGAAGAAGGCGAUCUGCGCGAGAUGUUCGAGCGUUACGGCCGCGUCACUCGUGUCUUCUUGGCUAAGGACCGUGAAACAGGCAGAGCAAAGGGCUUUGCGUUCGUCAGUUACGCAGACCGAUCAGAUGCUGCACGUGCUUGCGAGAAGAUGGAUGGUUUCGGUUACGGGCAUUUGAUCUUGCGUGUCGAAUUCGCGAAGAAGAGCACUACUUAGAGAGCAGCUGGAAAGCUACGAAAAUUCUGCAUGUACUACGGUAUGGGUCGCAUCGCCUGGAGUCGCGGUGCAUCGCGAAGAAGCGGAUAGAUGAAAUGCAAGAUCUGAUCGCCUUCGUACUACCUUCUACAUUCAGGAUUGUCCUGCUAAUUCUUCAUGCACCCAGUGGAAUCGCUGCGUCAACCUUCAUCUCCGGCAACAUUCCCAACUUGGCGAAUUCUUCGAAUGUCUCGAAGAAUGCCUCCAGAAUGUCCACAUAUCCUGUAAACCCAGCUCUCCGCACUUUAUCCUGUCCGAUAACACCAUAUCUCAAAUAACAAUAAUCUCCCAGAAAGGUCUUAUCUAUCUCCUCUUCACUUCCGAAAGGAUCAUGCGUUAAUCUCCCUCCACUCUGCUCCUGAAUCUCCUUCCACGCCUGAUGAUUCUCCGGCUUCCUCGCCCAGUCCGCAAGCGAAAAUUCGAGAGGCGUCUCAAGAGGAGGACCAUAUCCCAACGGCGAAUCUUUGCCUCCUGCCAGUUGCAUUUUCCUAGGGAAGGAGCGUUCAGAGUCUGUUUUAGGGAGAUUCACGCCUUUGGAGACGGAGUACCAGCGAGCGAGUUCGUGGAAAAG